AUGUUCCACAAAGCUGCCUUUGUCUCUUUCGUCUUCCUUGCGGUCCUGAGCAAUGCGACGCCUGUCCCGGAAGAACCGGGUACUCGGGUUGCGUUGCAGAAGAGAGGAUCCUUGACGAAUUCCGAUGGUGUUUUCGAUCUCGAGAAGGCAAUUGCACAAACAGUCCGCACACACAAUAAGCAUCGCCAGAACUUGAUCAACCUGCAGAGCAACACAGGUUCGCUGCCAGAGGGCGCGGAGAUUAAGCCCGCCAGAAUAUACAGUGCGCAUCAGAAGCGCCAGAGCGAACAGUUGACCGACGAGGAAAAUGAUUUGGAGUGGGCAGGCACCAUCUCCAUCGGCACUCCAGGGCAGAACUUCUUGAUCGACUUUGAUACCGGCUCGUCUGACCUAUGGGUACCAUCUUCAAACUGCACGAGCAGUGUGUGUACCUCCAAGGACAAAUACUCUGCGAAGAAUUCGUCUUCGAAUGCCGCAAAGUCAGGCAGUUUUUCGAUCUCCUAUGGCGAUGGCUCUAGCGUAUCAGGGCCCGUCUACACCGACACUGUUACCGUCUCCGGCGUCAAGGUCACUGGACAAUAUUUCUCUCCAGUCACCACGCUCUCGAGUAGCUUUUCGAGUGAUCCCGUUGAUGGAAUCCUGGGCCUUGCCUUCCCUUCACUUUCUAACCUUAAACAAAGUCCCUUUGUGAACACCGCUAAGUCAGAGGGGAGCAUCAAGAGUGGAGUCUUCGGGAUGAAGCUCGCCAAGUCUGGAUCCGAGCUAUACCUCGGCGGCACAGACACCUCGCAAUACACUGGCUCAAUUGAAUAUCACUCCGUUGCGAGCACCGGAUUCUGGCAGGCGACCGGUGCCAAGGCGCUCAUCGGAAGUAAGACGGUGGUUUCCGGCUUCCAGACGGUGAUUGACUCGGGCACCACUAUCAUGUACGGCCCACCGAGUGCCGUCAAGACGUUCUACGCUGCGAUUCCCGGGUCGAAAGUGUUCGACGCCACCAAUGGCUAUUACUCAUUCCCCUGCAGCUCCGCUCCCGCCGUUGCGUUCAGCUGGGGUGGCACCAACUGGAAGGUCAGCGCAGCCAACUUUAACCUCGGCCAGACCAGCACUGGAUCUGGACAGUGCGUUGGUGCUCUUGCCGGUCAGGACCUGGGCUUGGGCUCGAAUGUCUGGCUUCUUGGAGACACCUUCAUGAAGAACGUGUACACCGCGUUCUCGUUCGACAAGAACUCUGUUGGCUUCGCGGCGCUGGUAUAG